CAAUGAGAGUGAUCCGUCUUCCAAGAAUGAGGCACCUAAUACGACGUCAUUUCUUAAAUCUCUUGUACCGCACUUACACGUGCCAUAUCGUUAAUAGUUCUCAACUCCUAAUCCAAGAGGUCAAGCCCUGUAUUUUACACUAACUCAAUUCUCAAAAAGACUAUUUUUCUUUUCCCGAGCAUCGGAUCCAAAGCUAAACUCAUAUUCGGCAGUGGAAUCCCCAAUUCUAGUUCGGAAUUGGGUAAUUCUUGAUGGGGAAAGGAGGUGGAUGUGUUCCAAGCAAGAAGAAACGAUCCGCUGUCGUGGAAGACCCUCAACGGCCAAUUCGCGAGGCGCCGAUCCCUGUUGAGGAAAACAAUCUCGAAAACAAUCUCGAAAAUAAUGAAACAGCAGUAGUCGAUUCAGUCUCGCAAUUGAAGCUAUUCAUUGUGUUUUACUCAAUGUACGGUCACGUGGAGGGGUUGGCCAAGAGGAUGAAGAAGGGAGUGGAUGGAGUAGAUGGAGUAGAGGCCAUUUUGUAUCGAGUGCCGGAGACGCUUUCGAAUGACGUGUUGGAGAACAUGAAGGCGCCGCCGAAGGACCCUGAGAUUCCGGAGAUAACGGCGGCGGAAUUGGCGGCUGCAGAUGGGGUUUUGUUUGGGUUUCCGACGAGAUAUGGUUCUAUGGCUGCGCAAAUGAAGUCGUUUUUUGACUCGACUGGACAGUUGUGGCAAGAGCAGAAACUUGCCGGAAAGCCUGCUGGAUUCUUCGUCAGUACAGGGACACAAGGUGGCGGCCAAGAAACCACCGCAUGGACAGCGAUCACUCAGUUGGCCCACCAUGGAAUGUUAUUUGUUCCUGUUGGAUAUACCUUUGGAGCUGGUAUGUUCAAGAUGGAUUCUAUUCGAGGAGGCACUCCAUACGGUGCAGGUGUUUAUGCUGGUAAUGGCACAAGAGAGCCAAGUGAAUUAGAGCUGGCACUUGCAGAACAUCAGGGCAAAUAUAUGGCUGCAGUAGUGAAAAGGCUUGCCCAGGCUUCUUGAUAUUGUUACCAGUUCUUCGAACACUUUAUGGUCUCCUUUUUGCAUUUGUUUGUAAUCUUUCUUCUUUCAGAUAUGAUUAUUAUUACCAUUUAUACUACAGCUUCAUUUUUGUUCAUAGCUUGUUCCCAAUUUCAAUUUGUACAUGAUUUGAAAUUCUUUGAUAAAAUAAUAUUAUGAUUCUAUACGAUUUUUCUUCUAUAA